CGAGGACCAACAACACCCUACUUCCGGCGCGGGGUAGAGAAUAGACAGGCGCCGCGCUCAGCGAUGAUGUCAGCUCCGGUUGUAUUGCUGAGUCGGAAGUGGGAAGCUUUUGGUCGCUGUGGCUUUGAGCUGUCGUCGUUGCUGCCCCUUCAGGCACUGCCCUUCCCCCUAGGGCUGGAUGGAGGAUACCUUAAAGUGAAAUGACAGACCAGGAGAAUAACAACAACAUCUCAAGUAACCCCUUUGCUGCUCUUUUUGGCUCCCUGGCUGAUGCCAAGCAGUUUGCAGCAAUCCAAAAAGAGCAGCUGAAGCAGCAAUCUGAUGAGCUCCCAGCAAGCCCAGAUGACUCGGAUAAUAGUGUGUCAGAGAGCCUGGACGAAUUUGACUACUCUGUGUCUGAGAUUAGCCGCUCCUUCAGGUCACAGCAAGAAAUAUGUGAGCAACUCAACAUCAAUCACAUGAUCCAAAGGAUCUUCCUCAUUACUCUGGACAACAGUGAUCCAAACUUGAAAAGCGAGAAUGGCAUCCCCAGCCGUUGUGUGUAUUUGGAAGAAAUGGCAGUAGAGUUGGAAGAUCAAGACUGGCUGGACAUGAGCAAUGUUGAGCAGGCCAUCUUUGCUCGGUUAUUGCUUCAAGAUCCAGGAAACCACUUGAUCAGCAUGACUUCUUCUACAACGUUAAAUCUCUCUGCUGAUCGAGAUGCUGGGGAGAGGCACAUCUUUUGUUACCUUUACUCCUGCUUCCAGAGAGCCAAGGAAGAGAUUACCAAAGUUCCAGAAAACCUGCUCCCCUUUGCAGUGCAAUGCAGGAACCUCACUGUGUCCAACACUCGAACAGUUCUCCUUACCCCAGAGAUCUAUGUUGACCAAAACAUCCAUGAGCAACUGGUAGAUUUGAUGUUAGAAGCCAUUCAGGGAGCCCAUUUUGAAGAUGUAACUGAGUUUUUAGAAGAGGUCAUCGAAGCCUUGCUGUUGGAUGAGGAAGUUCGAACAUUUCCUGAAGUCAUGAUUCCAGUGUUUGAUAUUUUACUAGGCCGAAUAAAAGAUCUGGAGCUCUGCCAGAUCCUACUGUAUGCAUAUCUGGAUAUUAUUCUCUACUUUACCAGGCAAAAGCAUAUGGCCAAGGUUUUUUUAGAAUACAUUCAGCCCAAGGACCCUAGCAAUGGGCAGAUGUAUCAGAAGACCUUGCUGGGAGUAAUUCUGAAUAUUUCGUGCUUGUUAAAGACUCCGGGUGUGGUGGAAAAUCAUGGCUACUUUCUGAAUCCAUCUCGUUCCAGUCCUCAGGAGAUCAAAGUACAGGAGGCCAACAUUCAUCAGUUCAUGGCUCAGUUCCAUGAAAAGAUCUACCAGAUGCUGAAGAACUUGCUCCAGCUCUCUCCAGAAACCAAGCACGGUAUCUUGUUCUGGCUUGGAAACUGUUUGCAUGCAAAUGCAGGACGCACCAAGAUCUGGGCCAAUCAGAUGCCCGAAAUCUUCUUCCAAAUGUAUGCCUCAGAUGCCUUCUUUCUGAAUCUGGGUGCCGCUCUCCUGAAGCUGUGCCAGCCAUUCUGCAAGCCCAGAUCCUCCCGGCUUCUCACUUUUAAUCCCUCAUACUGUGUCCUGAAGGAUUUGAAUGAUGAAGAACGAAAAAUUAAAAAUGUACACAUGAGAGGUUUGGACAAAGAGACCUGUUUGAUCCCGGCUGUGCAGGAGGCAGUAUUCCCCCAGAGCUACAACCUUGUGACGGAGAACCUGGCCCUGACAGAAUAUACCUUGUACUUGGGAUUUCACAGGUUGCAUGAUCAGAUGGUAAAAAUCAACCAAAAUCUGCAUCGGCUGCAGGUUGCCUGGCGGGAUGCUCAGCAGAGUUCUAGCCCUGCUGCUGACAAUCUCCGUGAGCAGUUCGAACGCCUGAUGACCAUCUAUCUUUCUACCAAGACUGCUAUGACUGAGCCCCAGAUGCUGCAAAACUGCCUCAAUUUGCAGGUGUCCAUGGCUGUUCUGCUGGUCCAACUGGCCAUAGGCAAUGAGGGCUCACAGCCAAUAGAGCUAAGUUUUCCUUUGCCAGAUGGCUACAGUUCUUUGGCUUAUGUGCCAGAAUUUUUUGCAGAUAACCUGGGUGAUUUCCUCAUUUUUCUCCGGCGAUUUGCUGAGGACGUCUUGGAGACAUCAGCAGAUUCCCUGGAACAUGUCCUUCACUUUAUCACCGUUUUCACUGGAAGCAUAGAAAGAAUGAAGAAUCCCCACCUAAGGGCCAAACUAGCAGAGGUGUUGGAAGCUGUGAUGCCUCACUUGGAUCAGACCCCAAAUCCCUUGGUGUCCAGUGUCUUUCAUCGGAAACGUGUGUUCUGCAACUUUCCAUAUGCUGCCCAACUUUCAGAAGCCCUAAUCAAGGUUUUUGUGGACAUUGAAUUUACAGGGGAUCCCCAUCAAUUUGAACAGAAGUUUAAUUACCGCCGCCCUAUGUAUCCCAUUCUAAGAUACAUGUGGGGGACAGAUAGUUACCGAGAGAGCAUUAAGGAUUUGGCUGACUAUGCCUCUAAGAAUUUAGAAGCUAUGAAUCCCCCACUGUUCCUCCGAUUUCUUAACCUGUUAAUGAAUGAUGCUAUCUUCCUUUUGGAUGAAGCCAUACAGUAUUUGAGCAAGAUAAAAAUUCAGCAGAUCGAGAAAGACCGAGGAGAAUGGGAGAGUCUGACACCAGAAGCCCGCCGAGAGAAAGAGGCUGGCCUGCAGAUGUUUGGACAGCUGGCACGUUUCCAUAACAUCAUGUCCAAUGAAACAAUUGGUACCCUUUCCUUCCUGACAUCAGAGAUCAAGUCACUGUUCGUGCAUCCCUUCUUAGCUGAGCGCAUUAUCUCCAUGCUAAACUACUUCCUACAGCACCUGGUUGGCCCCAAGAUGGGAGCUCUCAAAGUCAAGGACUUCAGCGAAUUUGACUUCAAACCUCAGCAACUUGUAUCAGACAUCUGUACUAUCUACUUAAAUCUUGGGGAUGAGGAGAAUUUCUGUGCCACUGUGCCCAAGGAUGGACGUUCCUAUUCCCCUACUCUCUUUGCACAGACAGUCCGAGUCCUGAAGAAAAUCAAUAAGCCUGGGAAUAUGAUUGUGGCUUUCAGUAACUUGGCAGAGAGAAUCAAGUCUCUUGCAGACCUCCAGCAACAGGAAGAGGAGACAUACGCAGAUGCCUGUGAUGAGUUCCUGGAUCCCAUCAUGAGCACACUGAUGUCUGACCCUGUGGUGCUUCCAUCUUCCAGAGUCACUGUGGACAGGUCCACCAUUGCCAGGCAUUUACUCAGUGACCAAACAGAUCCUUUUAACCGUAGUCCCCUUACCAUGGACCAGAUCCGGCCAAACACUGAACUCAAAGAAAAAAUCCAGCGGUGGCUCGCAGAGAGGAAGCAACAAAAGGAGCAACUUGAAUAAAUACUGUGAACUAAACAACCCAAACCAGCCCCAGGGUGUAAACAGUUGUUUGUGGGUUCUCUCUUUCUGCCUCUGAUCCUUCCCUUUUUCUUUCCCUUCUUUCUUUCUUCCUUUUGUUUUGGUUUUGGAUUUUAGUUAUUUUAUUCUUUGUUGUUUUUCCUUUAAUAAGUUAGAAAAUUGUUCUUGUGCAAAUUAUGAUAAUUAAGAUUCUUAAGACCUUGUUGUCUCCCUAGCUUUCAGGAAAUUCUCCUUCUCACAUCUUCAUAAAUUAUCAGUAAUUUUCAGCCUUGGUUUUCCUAUUCCUCUUGUUUCCUUUCCUACCCUAAAUUAUAUUAAGUCCAGUUACAAAAAUGUCAUGCCACUUUAUCCUUUCCCUUCCCAAGUACUGUUCAGACAUUUUUUAGUGAGCACUGCUUGUAAGUCUUUGAUGUCAGCUACUUCCAUGACAGCAGAUAGUAUCCAAAAACCCUGUCAUCCUGUGUAUCUGUAGCCUGUCUGUCCUUACCAUAGCUGUGUAAUAUUAUAGAGCAACUUUCCAGAUGAAUGCAAAUACCUUAGUGUGGGUAGACUUUGAGCUGAUGGGUAAGAGGAGGGAACCUUAUACAACUUCUGUUGGUAUGUCUUAAUUUUGUAUUAUCUUGUGACAAAGAUACCAUCACAAACACUCCCAUGAGGUUGCCACCACCAAAACUUAGCUGCAUGGUCUUUUAAUGAGUGACAGUAAUGGAUGAGACUUCCAGUAAGAGAAUAAAUGAGAAGCUCUCGCUGCCCUUUUCUAUUUUGUGCCCCAAGGACUAGGCCUGGAUAAAAUAGGCAAUAAAUAGUAUAUCUAUGAAGAUGUUACUUUAGGCCUCUGAUGCAGUAUAUCUCAGUGUAUAGGUGUUAUACACACAGAUACUGUGUCCUUUCUUUUUUUUAUUGGUCUCAUGAAUUGAGUACCACAUUAUAUUGUGUCCUCUAAUAUAUGUGGUAUGUGGCAAUGUCUCCUCACAUAUUCACUCUAGUUGGGUAAAAUUGUAAGACUAAAAUGUAUAUAGCUAAUGUUUCAGCUGUAACAUGGCUCCUAAGAGCUGCUUCUAAUCUAGCCUUAGUGAAUCAAUGAACAAAGUAGAGAUUGAAGCAAAAUCUUGUCCACAAGCCAUUUUAAAUAUCCCCUUAGCUCUGGGUAGUCAAUAAGUGGUUUAACCCCACUUCUACAACUGUUUUGCUUAACAUGCUAUGAGAGGCUCAGUCCUCUACAGGAUGUUUUUAUAUCCGUAUCAGUCUCAGCCCAGAGGUGUAAAGGACAAGAAAAUGAGAUUGUGACUUCCUUUAAAGAACAUUACUGUUAGCCAUAGACUGUCAUAAACAGAAGCAGUGUUUCAGUAUUCCAACACAGGUUGCUAUAAGCAGCCCUUGUGUAUUUUCUGAAGGUGUCAACUGGAAAAGCUCUGAACAGAGAGGGCCUCCCACUCUGCCUGUUAAAUAAAUGUUGGCUGUUGCUGUGCUUGUCUGUGAUCAGGGAAGCCUAGGACACAUUUGUAAAUGCCAGAUUGUUAAGGUAGACUCCAUGCACUUGGUUGACAGGAUUGCUUUUCUUUAAAUGAACUUCAUUUCCUGUGUGUAUUAUUCUCCUUUCCCUCUCUGGGAAUGAACUGCAUUUGAAAUAAGCUUCUACCUACUGCACUGAUUUUCCCAAAGCCAGUGUGGUAGGAUGUUUUUGUUUGAAAAAGAGGAAAGACCAGAGUUUUGCAGGUGAAAACUGGAGGAAAAUGGGUACAAAACCUCCAGCAGCUUUCUAGCUAAUAACCUCUAUGCUGCCUCUAGUGUCUGUCUAUCUGUAUUCUACUGAACUGAACCUUCAGAUUGUAAGCCUUUUUUGGCGAGUUUGUGUUCCGUUUUACUUUUAUGCUCUUCUGAUACUUUUCUAUGAACUGCUGUGCACCACUGAUGCUGCUGAACCCUGUUAUCACAAAAGCAAGUGUGUAGCUUAAGGCCACUAUUGGUGAGGAAACCAAGUGUCCUCUGUGCCUUCUUUCUGUCUGUGAACUAAGUUAAAGACAUCCAGAAAAAGGAACUGUGGAGACUCCCAUCCUGUCCAACAAGGCACCUCAUAUAUGCAUUUGCAAAGGUAAAGGGGUGUCUUGUCUGGAACUCAGCAGCAGCUGUAAAUCUGGUAAGACUUCCUGACAUACCUAGUUUUAGGUGAUGACUUUGCUGGAGUACAAAAGGAAAGUGAAGACUUCAGUCAGCUCUAGUAUUGCUCAUAACUUACCAAGAGGCUAAUACUAAACUUGGAAAAUCAUUUAGGGUUAAAGCAGUUGUUUGUUGAAUAUGACUUUCCAUGGAUACAUGGAAGCUGAAGGAAACUUGAGUAGUAGUCUAAUGGUGUAGGUGAAAGUGCCAGUUGCUGCUGUUCAGUAGCAACUCUACAAAAGUUUCACUACAUUUAUUUUUAAAUUCUGGUUGCUGAGCAGCCAUUGGGCAAAGCCUAAGACUACUGGGUACCUUUACAAGCCAGGCUGAUGCUGCACCAUUGUCAUGUGAGGAAAUAGUGCACAUGUUCUAACUGCUAAACUGGUAAAGAACCUAGUGACAGAAAAUGAAGAACAAAACAACAAAAAGGUUGACAGAAAUCAAACUCGAUCAAUAUAACUAUAUUUGAAACAUUCCAGGAAGGUUACUUCUUGUCAAACUUGCCUGGGGGUGUUUGUUCAAAACCCAUAUUUAAUAAAUGAGCACCUGACUUAC